GGGCAUUGCAGAUCUUCUUCGAGAUGUCGUUUGCCGACCACUGGGUGUCGUUUGAGUCGAGCUGCAAGGCCAAUCUGCAGGUGCUGCUUCUGGCUGUCGUCGGUUUCCUCUGCGGAUACUACCCCACCGAAGAACGUACGUGAGAGAGAUGCACUCAUGGGACGCACACCACACCACACGAUACGAUACGCACUGAUACGUACACGCUGAUCGAUUCAUGUCAUGAUUGUCGUCCUUUGUGUGGGUUGUGCCUGUCGCGGUUUCAGCGUUCAUUGACACACGUGCAGCCAAGAAGCUGAGCCGCAUCGCCCUCUAUGUGUUUCUGCCGUGCUUGUGCUUCUGCUCCAUCGGCUCACGGCUGACUCUCGAUGACAUGGCCACACUGUGGCCACUCAUCAUGUGGAGCUUCCUGCAGGUCGGCAGGGCAGACAGACAGACACCGCUUGAUCCUGCUGUGCUGCCUUCCCUCACACAGAUCUAUGUCUAUCUCUUUUUCGUUUUGCAGACCGUCAUCGGUUGGGUGACCUCCCAGGUGCUGUGUUGGCUGCUGCGGGACGUCAUCGACCGUCCGUCCCUCAGCAAGGAGGAGCGGCGGGCGGUGGGGCCGUCACUCAUCUACUCGCUGCUGCCGCUGGCGGUGACUUGGCAGAACUCGGGCGUGUUCCCCCUGGUCAUGAUGGAGGCCAUCUGCGAGCAGUACCCCACUGCACACUUCAGCCAGCAUACACACCCUGUAUGUCCGUGAGUGAGUGGGCACAGAAACAGCGAGGAGGGGGCGGGGCGACCAAGGGGGGCGUUGGAGUGCGGGGUGUGUUGUUGUUGUGUGUACUGGGCGUGUCAGCACUACACGACAGACGCUGGCGAGGAUGUGAUCAUGGAGGACCCCGUGACAUCGUGCUUUGACGAUGCGGCCAUGUUUGUGUUCGUGUACGGUGUCGGGUGGGGCAUCUCAUUCUGGAGCGUCGGUCAGUGCGAGCACAGGCGGGAACACAUCGAAAGGCCACAACGCCGGUGGGUAUUCACAGGUGUGUCUUGUGCGGUGCGUGCAGGUUACAGCAAGCUCAAGUCGGCUCGUGACCAAGUGCUCAGACGAGAGCCAUCAAAAACGGUAAGGACUUGCGUGUGUAUGCGCUGUACCUCGCCUGUGUGAGUCUAUCCGUCUUUGCCCUUUCGUUUGCAGAGGAUCGAGGCAGCGAUGCGUGUGGCUGAGGACCUCUUCAAUCCCGCCAUCAUAGCAUUGCUGGUCGGCAUCCUCGUCGGCUGCCUCCCAGCCGUGCAGUCGUUCAUAUUCCAAACCAAGUAAGGGAGAGAGACCACAGAAGUACAAAAGACACCAACACGAAACCAAUGUGUGUGUGCAGCGGUGGGUUCGUGUCGUCGUUCACCAAGACGGCUCACGUGUUGGGUCAGCCCACGGUGGCCGUCAUGACCAUGCUCAUGGCCGCAUCGCUCGCACACAACGUGAGGAGCAUGCAGGAGGCCGCGACCGGUGACAAGACUGGGGAGUCCUUGGCCAACGCACCGCUGGCCGGCAGCAAGUGAGCAGCCAUCGAUCGGCCGGUGGCUGUCUCGCUUGUGUGUGUGUGUGGGGGGGGGGGGCGUUUCCUCACGCGGACUAUGUAUGUCUGUGUCAGGGAUAUCAUAGCGGCUGAUGACAUCGGCGAGCCUGAGGCGCCCAACUGGCGGAUGGUCACACUCGCAGUCAUGCUCAAGCUCUGCAUACAACCGCUGAUCGGUGGGGACCACAGCAACCACUACUAGCAAGGAGCCAUACUUGUGUUGUGUGUGGUCUGGCUUCAGGCAUCCUGCUCAUGUGUGGCGCGGAGAGGUAUUUCGGCCCGAGCAGUGUCUUUCUGCCGAACAAACCCCUCGUCAAGUAAGGACGCCAGACGCAUAGAUCGGCGACAGAGCUGCACGGCUGCAUGGCUGCCUGCUGUCUGUCCUUACUGGAUGGGUGGGUGCAGGGUGGUGAUCUUGGUGGAGUUUGCUGCUCCGUCAGCACAGACCCUCGUGCUGGCCGCACAGAGACUGAGUACGCUCAGAUGCACACACACGCACACGCAUGAGACCACACGCCUCUCCAUAUUGUGCCACGUGUUGUGCCGUGGGAUGUGUGCAGGCAUGUCUCGUUUGGCCGGCAACCUGACCUAUAUCUACACGUGGAUGUACAUAUUCAGCUUCCUCUUCGCCACCGUCUUCUGCUCCGUCGCCAUCGAGAUGUUCCUGCAACACGCCAAGUGAAUCAGCGGAGCUCGCUACAGGCUGGUGUGCAUAUUGCUCGGUGCCAAGAGAGUAUGAUGUUGAGCGUCGAUCGAGAGGCGGGUUUUUCGCGUGUGUACAUGUGAUAUAUUGUGUGUAGCGUAUUGGCUAAGAGGCGGGCCGUAGUGAUGGCCAGUCGGAAAGACAGACACCUUUGUAGAGGCGCCACUGAUGCUCGCCGUCGUCCUCAUCCUCACGACCACGCUGCUCGAACAUCAUGAGCAUCUGCUAAGAGAGCAAGGUGGUUAUGAUGUCGGGGACGACGGUCGAGCGGGCGGUGCGCUGUCCAGUCACGAUUAAGCCGAGGGAGUCUUCAGCAACGGUGUAAUGAUGAUAGUGUGGCGAGAUGCAUAUAGGUCCUCGGAUUUGUCGG